GCCUCUAUCCAUUCUAUGGAGUAUUCUUGUUCUGUCCCGUAGUAUAUCCUUACUGGCAUCCAGUUCAUUUCUCGCCCAAUCUGUUCUUGGCAUUCGGUACAUAUUGUCUUCACGAGUGGGAGUGGCUGCUCCUGAUCAUCCGUCAUAUUCAUCUUCCAAAAAGUCCACAGGCUCUUCUAUGCGGGCCAUUAAGGGGGAAAUCAAAUCUUUUGUCCAAGAAUUCGUUUGUUUUCAAAAAUCGGGAGGGGGAG